GAAAUAUUUGACAAACAUUCUACUUUUUACUAUAUAUUUAAAAUGUGUGCUAUAAUUAGAAAGGAAAAGGUUGUAAUGAGAGUAAGAGAAGGUAACAUGCGGGAACUGAUCAUGAAGCCGUGUUUAUUCUUCCUGGUCCACAUUUCUGUACGGUUCGGUUCGGUUCGGGUUGUGAUGCAGUUCUGCUGUCAACCACUAGAUGGCGACGCAGACUGACAGCAGGAGCAGCAGCACGCGCAGCGGCGUCCUCCAUAUAAACACUGCUCAUCACCCAUUUAAAGAGCAGAUCGUCCAGGAUCGUCCGUGUAGCCUCCAUCGUUAUCCUUCAUCUCCUCCUUCUUCUCCUUUUUCACCUUCUUCUUCUUUUUCUCCUGAACUUGAAUGAUGGAUGAAGCAGGCUGCUGGAGGAAGUCAGUGAAGGAGAGGUGAGGAGGAGAAGCGCAACAUCAUGAUGGUUACCCGAGAUCAGAGAGAGACCCUUGACGUCAUCACGUCACUCACCUAUAUUCUGUAGGACAGCCGUCACGAUCCAGAGGAAGAGAGAGGGGGAGAAAAGGAUCACAGGAUGGUGUCUGCUUCAUCUGCAUCACGUAAGCAGUGCUGCUGUAGUUGAAGAAGCUCUUGCAUGGAGAGAAACGCAGCUGGUGUAAAUCAAACGUGUGACUGCUUCACCUCUUCGUUCAUGCUUCUCUCUACUGACUGAGGUCUGAGGAAAUCAGGAAAAGGUGAAUUUAUUUCAUCAUUUCUGUAAGAUGUGAGCUGUUGUGAUGUGAUGUUAUGGGCUGCGACGUUCCUCUCUUGGUUCCUCCCUCUGUGACCGUGCCAUCUGCCUUUGCCGUGAUGCACACACAGACACAAUAAGGUACACAAAUCGAAUAAUCUCAUCACCAGAGGGAAAUGAGGAGGCACCGGAGUUCGCUGCUCAUCUCGUGCGUGUUAGUGCUGCUCUGCUGCUGGACCAGAGCGAGCGCCUGGCCGACCCAUGACGUCAGGAGUAAUCACACUGACAGCAUAAUAAACGUGGCGGUGUGGCAGCCGGGCAGAAGACGAGACGCCGAGGUUGCGCCGAAGCAGCAAGAAAACGGAACCGAGUGGAUCAGCGGCGGCGACGACUCACUCAGAGAAGGUAACGUGUGCGCGUACCGCGUGCUGGAGAGAGGCGACGACGGCCGGCUGUGUUUUCGACAUGGUGGAGUUAACUUCACCUGUCCCAGCAGCACCUGCAGGCAGGUGAGAUCACCUGGAGGUCAGCUUCUCGCCAACCUGCUCUCCAACAGCACUGUGCUGCUCCAGUGGACUUACCCUAUGGUUCAGGAUAAAUCAGGACGCACACGAGUGAACUCAGAGAUCUCCACAAAACCUUCUACUGGGUCUCUGUUUGCCCCACCAAAAAGCCCCGGCUUGGGCGAGCAGGAGCCUCUGGGGGGCUUCAGGAUGAAGUGCUGGUGGAACGGGAGCUACACUCAGUUCGAGUGUGCGAGUGUGCACCUGGCCGGCGGCUGCAGGGACUAUCUACUGAGCGAGCUCCACGAGAACGUGCCCUACCGCAUCUGCCUUCAGCUGGCGGUUUGGGACGGGCCCGGCGAGUGUGUAGAGUUCAGCGUGUCGCCCACGGGCAUGCAGGACAUCGUGAUCGCCAUGAUGACGGUGGGCGGAGCUAUCUGCGUGAUGCUCGUCAUCAUCUGCCUGCUGGUGGCCUACAUAACGGAGAACAUCAUGAGUCCUAACGGGCAGCACACAUUUACCGCUCAGCAGCACUCUCGCCGCUCACACAACACAUACCUCUGAACACACACACACACACACACACACACACACACACAGAUGAGACCGUGAUUUCUUCAGGUAGGACAUGUUCCUGAAUCGACAUUCCUCAUAACAUUCCUCAUAAUUAAAGCCCUCUGAUGUCAUCGGCUUUUUCCUCCCAGGAAAACGAACUCACCUGAUUUGUUGUCGCUUCCUGAGCUAAAGUUCAACCCAGUGUAAAUAAUAUUCACUUCAUCGUCCCACACUGUUUACUUUUAAAUCACAGCUUCACCGCACGCUGAUGACAUCACAGAGCGGGUGGGGGGUCUUUUCAACAUGACAAUCAUCUCUUUUUACCUUUACCCCUUACCACACACCCUCAUAUAGAUCUGUCAUCUACAACCUCUUUACCAGCCUCUUACACACACACACACACACACACACACACACACACACACACACACACAUACACACAUACACUAUCUCUGUAAACAUCUGGCAACACCUACAACAAAAGACACAUCUCACAACUCACUUUAGUUUGGUAUUCUGUGUUUUCUUUUCAUCUUGAAGCAAAAAAAUCCCACAGAACCUCGGUUCUGAUCCGAUCAGAUUUCAGGUAUCAUGGUGUGUGUAUACGAACACAUACCGUACAGAAAAGCAAAUAAAACAAGACUUACGAGUCUUGACACAAACGUUCCCCUGUCCUUUGUUGCGCCCCCUACCUGUGACCGUAUGACUGACCUUUACCACUGAACUGUGCACAUUAGCAAAACUAGAUUAGCCGUGUAGAUGUUCAAGCACGUGAUAACAGUAAACGGUUUUAAGAAUAGGGUUAUAAAUUAAAUAUAGAUUAUAAUGUGAAGGUGAAGUGAAGGGUGUUAUUACUGACAGUUUAAAAGAAGAGUUAGGUUGAAAAUGCUUGUGUGGCCAAUACAUCCUGCAUCUUUCUGCUUUCACCUUGAUUAUAUUUCCAACCUAAACUUCUCAACAGUUUAAAGUGUAGAUGAUUUUAUUCCCAUGCAGAUACAUGAUCAUAAUUAGUUAGUUAUCAGGCUGCAUGGUGAAAGCUGACAGGAAAAUGAUCGAAUGCUAACGAGUGAAGCACCUGAACUGUUUUCUCCGUGUUUUUCUCCUGUAUGCAAUGCGGUUUUAUUUCUGUAGGAGUUUACAGUAAUACGGUCGGCUAACACACGCCAUCACUGUGGUGGCUACAAUAAGAUUUAAUGCCUUACGAAGUGAAUAAUAUUUCGUUAUUCUGACGCAGACUGCUGGAGCAAUCUAAUACUGUGCUCAAUUUUCUCUGUUACACAAUAAAAAAUUAACCUUA